AUGUGGAGCACUUUGAUAUGGAGCCUAAUAGCCUGGAGCAGUCUGCUGCACAUACAUCCUGCCGAGACAGCCAAGCUGAUUCCUAACCUGGGCUACUUCAUCGAGAUGAAGCAAAUGGAUUGUGUGGGCAAUCCCAGUUACUUUGCCAACACAUACUGCCGUAUCCUGCCGCCUCAUAACCGUAGCAUGGAGGCCUCGGUUACCAUAAUGCAAAAGCUGAGCACCUUCAGUGGCUCCCUUAGGGUCGCCAUACCCAAUGCCAAGAAGGUCAUAACCCAGAUAUUUGAUAUAACCUUUGAUGUGUGCAAAGUCCUACGGGAACGUAAAAGAAAAAUGCUAAUCGAUCUGAUGGUUAACACCGUGGCUAGAAAUAGCAAUGCCAAGGAUUGGAAGUGUCCCUUCCCAAAGGGAAAAUUUGAAUCGAAAAACAUGACAGUCACCGAUCUACCGCCCAUGUUAACCGAAUCGCCCUUUUAUGUAAACUUGGACUUUUUCAUUCCCAAGGUGGCACAUGGCUUAAACAUCACACUGAAAGGACAUCUCUUUGAGAUCGCCAAAGUAAAUGCUAGGAAGAAGAAAUAUUUGUAA